GGAGCAUUUAUUGUGAAGGUCAAGGCUAAGAGUACCCGGAAGUUGGUCUCACCCUGAGCGACGUUCACGGUUCCCUGUCGCGACUCAACCGCAAAACUGUUCUAAUGUUCUUGGGUGCAGAAGGCACAAGACGCCCACGAUGAGUUUACACACGCUGUCUCUGCGAGUCGUGCUGUUCCUGGGGCUUUGGCACUCUGGGAGGAGAAGUUUGGCCUCAGCUCCUGAGCUGCAAGAGCAGCCCAAUAAGAUAGCUGUAGUAGGAGCAGGCAUCGGUGGAACAGCAGCAGCCUAUUACUUGAGGGAGCAGUUUGGACCUGUUGUCAAGAUCGAUGUGUUUGAAUCUGGGACGGUCGGAGGGCGACUGGCGACGGUAAAGUUGGGGGAUUAUGAGUACGAGACUGGAGGCUCUGUGAUCCAUCCUCUGAACCUACACAUGAAAGAGUUCAUUGAAAAAUUAGGUACUCCUCAGAGAAAAGAACUCCCUUCUAAAAUGGCGAUCUUUGAUGGAAAAGAGCUUGUGUUUGAGGAAAGCGAUUGGUUCAUUGUUAACUUCUUCAGGAUACUUUGGCGGUAUGGAUUCAGUUUCAUUCGUAUGCAGAUGUGGGUGGAGAGUGUUCUGGACAAAUUCAUGAGAAUCUACCAGUAUCAGCAGUACGGUUACUCGUUCUCCAGUGUGGACAAGCUCUUGCAUGCCAUGGGAGGCAACAGCUUCCUCACCCUGAUGAAUCAAACUCUGGAGGAGGCCAUGUUGGGAGAAGGAUUUUCACAGGUCUUCCUCAACGAUAUUGUUGCACCUGUUACACGUGUGAACUAUGGCCAAAGCGUCCGCAUCAAUGGAUUUGUAGGGGCUGUGUCGUUAGCUGGGGUGGAUUCAGGUCUGUGGGCAGUGGAUGGUGGCAAUAAGAGAGUGUGCUCUGGGCUACUCUACCACAGUAAAAGUGAUCUAAUCCCUGCCAAAGUGACUUCCAUUUCAGUGAAAUCUCGACCGACAAAAAGAGGAAACACUGUCAGUUACUAUGAGGUUAACUACGUCGGAGAAUCUGGUUCUGCACACUCUCUGUAUGACAUCGUUGUCAUAGCGACGCCACUUCAUCAGGGAAAGUCUGACAUCACGUUCUCAGGGUUCUCCCCUCCCAUCCCAACUCAUUACCCGGGUCUCUACCACCGGUUGGCGGCCACUUUGGUGCACGGCACUCUGAACGUGUCCUACCUGGGGACCACCAAGCCGGCCUCAGAGUUCACCGUGUCCGAGGUCCUCACCACGGACUCGAAGGGCUGCACCAUCAACAGCCUGAGCUCUCUUGACCCCGUGCACAUUCCUGACGGCUACAAGCGACCCUCCGCCAGCCAUCCGAAAGUCUGGAAGGUGUUCUCCUCAGAAUCACUGACCCAGGAGCAGCUGCAACAAAUGUUCCUCUCCUACGACUCUGUGUCUGAGACCCUAUGGCUUGCUUACCCCUCUUACCGUCCGCCACACCGGAAGACCCCUCCGUUCAUCCUACACAACCGGCUGUACUACCUCAACCCUCUGGAGUGGGCAGCCAGCUGCAUGGAGAUGAGCGCCAUCUCGGCCCGGAACGUGGCCCUGCUGGUUCAUCACCGCUGGCACGAACAGGCCGGCAAGAUCGACCAGGAGGACCUACACACACGACUGAGAGGAGAACUCUAAAACUUGAAAAAUUUGAUCAAAAUCAGCAACCACAGCUUUGAAUUCAACAAGAUGAAUAACAUUAGUUUAUUUAACAAAAAAAACAAACCACAAUAGAAGCAACAGUUUAUUUUUCUUAUAAAAUAAGAAAAAUAGAAAAAUAAUUGUAACACUGUGAACCAAGCUGCACUGAAAGGUUGAUCCAGAAGCUUCCCUGUUUCUCUAUGAGUCUGUUGGGCUGUGUUGUACCUGUUGUAAACCUAAUCCAACAUGUCACAUUGUCUUUAUUACUCUUUAGCACUAUUUUUCUCUGACUAGAAGCUUAAUUUACUGGUCGGUUUACAUGUCUUAACUUCCACGUCUCUCUACCUCUUAAGCAGAGUGCUGCGGGUAUCGUUGGAAAGUUCAGGCAACAAGCACCAAAGGUUAGCCGUGUUUGCUUCCAAUACCACUUAGUCCGAGACGGACAACAAAAAUUCAGCUUUAGAAAUGUAAUUGUGCCUUACUAUUAAAUGUUUUAUAAAUUGUCCUUUGGUCUCUUUUUUAAAAUUAUGUCAUAAAAGCUCAAACACGAAGACCAACUUGCUUUUUGUGCUUUAUGUCUUUGUCUUUUAGAUAUCAAGGAUAAUUUCAAGUGUUUUCCACCAAUGAUUUAUGUUCAGAACCAGUGUUGGUAAAAGAUACUUGACUUGUACUCUACUUGCAGGUUCCUCUUUGGGUCACAAAUUGUUGUUGAGAAAUCUUAGGCACUUUCAGAAGUUUUUCUCUGUAGAUUUUUCACAGUAAGUGUCACUUUAAUUGGGUUUCCUUUUUACACAUAGGUUUCUAAAUAAAUGUCAAGUUAAAGCAUUUAAAGUGCCCACAUGGCACUGCAGGUUUUAAAGUGUUUACAAUCAUAAUAAAUUAAUGAGAUCUCUU